GAAAUGAGGAGUCCUCAUGAAAAUGACCGUUUUGCAGUUUGCACCGACGUGCACAAGUCACAACGGCAAUAAGCAACCGACUCCAGACCCCAUUACAAUAACUGAACCAAAGAGACGAUUCUCUCUCCCUCUCUCGCUCUCUCUCUCUCUCUCUCUCUCUGGGGAUUCUGCCGUCGACGACCGGAACGAUGGGUUUUCUGAGCAACAACCUCCUCGGCAUACUCAACUUCCUGGCGUUCCUUCUCUCGAUUCCCAUUCUGGCCGGAGGGAUAUGGUUAAGCAGGAGCGCCGGCACCGCCUGCGAGGAGUUCCUGGACAAGCCCCUCACCGCCCUCGGCGUCUUUCUGCUCCUGCUGUCCCUCGCUGGCCUAAUCGGCGCUUGCUGCAGGGUCAAAGUGCUCCUCUGGAUCUACCUCUUCGUCAUGUUCGUCCUCAUAGUUUUAGUGUUCUGUUUCACCGUCUUCGCGCUGGCCGUGACGAACAAAGGCGCCGGCGAGGUGGUUUCCGGCAGGGGAUACAAGGAUUACCGGCUGGGUGACUAUUCGAACUGGUUGCAGAAGAGGGUGAGCAACGAGGGGAACUGGAAGAGGAUCAAAAGCUGCCUUCAGGAGGGCAAGGUCUGCCAGAGCAUGGUCGCCGGCGUUAGCAUGCCGCAAGCGCAGUUCUAUGCCCAGCACCUCUCGCCCAUUCAGUCUGGGUGUUGCAAGCCGCCAUCCAUCUGCAACUUCACCUACAGUGGUCCGGCCAACUGGACCAAGAGCAACAAUUCGUCCGGCGCCUCUGCCGAUCCCGACUGUGGGACGUGGAACAACGACCCCAACUCUCUCUGCUUUGAUUGCAACUCCUGCAAGGCCGGCGUGAUCGACAACCUGAAGAACCACUGGAAGAAGGUGGCCGUGGUGAACAUCGUCUUCCUCAUGUUCCUCAUCAUCGUCUACUCCAUCGGCUGCUCCGCCUUCCGCGGCAACAGGGGAUACUGACCUUUUACUCCAUCAACAUUCCUCCUGCUACAGUCUCUUAAUUAUGGAGGACCAGUGUGUCUUAUUUUCGCGUUUGUACUUCAGAAAAACAAAAUUGUCUGUGGCUUAAUUGUACAAAACUUUAAGAAUCAAACAUUUCUUUUCUU